AUGAGUCUCGUCCUUCUGCUAUGUGUCAUCCUUUUCGCAGGUUUAGAAGCUGAAGCAUUAUCCUAUGAUUACACUGUCAGCAUCGAAUGUUUGGCAUACCCACACAAGCCUCAGUACAAUGGAGGAAUCAUCCAAAACCCAGAACUGAAUAAUGGACUACAAGGGUGGACUGCAUAUGAGGGUGCAAAAAUAGAACAUCGAGAAUCAUUAGGCAACCGAUAUGUGGUAGCUCAUAGCAGAAAUCAAGUAUAUGAUAGUGUCUCUCAGAAGAUUUACCUUCAAAAGGGGAAGCAUUAUACUUUAUCAGCUUGGAUACAAGUGAGUGAGGGAAAUGUUCCAGUAACAGCAGUUGUCAAAACAACUAAAGGAUUCAAACAUGCGGGUGCCAUUAUUGCUGAGCCUAAUUGCUGGUCUAUGCUUAAGGGUGGUCUCACAUCGGAUACGACAGGACCUGCUGAGCUCUAUUUUGAGAGCAAAAAUACUUAUGUGGAAAUUUGGAUCGACAGCAUUUCCUUGCAACCAUUCACAGAAAAUCAAUGGAGAUCUCAUCAAUAUCGAAGCAUUGAGAAGGCACGGAAGAGGAAGGUGUUAGUCCAAGUAGUUGAUGAACAAGGAAAUCCUUUACCAAAUACAAGUAUAUCUAUUAUACAGAAGAAGUCAGGUUUUCCAUUUGGAAGUGCAAUCAACAGUUACAUUCUAAACAAUAGGGCAUAUCAAGAUUGGUUCACAUCUAGGUUCUCAGUUGCCACAUUUGCAAAUGAAAUGAAGUGGUACAGCACCGAAUAUAUACAAGGCAAGGAUAACUACAUGGUUCCCGAUGCCAUGCUACAGUUUGCCAAGAAUCACAACAUUGCUGUUCGAGGCCACAAUAUAUUUUGGGAUGAUCCUCAUUACCAACCAAGUUGGGUUCCUUCUCUCUCACCAAACCAGCUUAACUCAGCAGUCGAAAGGAGGGUGAAUUCCGUAGUUUCAAGAUACAAGGGCCAACUUAUUGCUUGGGAUGUUGUUAAUGAAAAUCUGCAUUUUUCAUUCUUUGAAAAUAAACUUGGACAAUAUUUUUCAGCCAGGAUUUUCAAUGAGGUUCACAAAAUUGAUGAACAAACCACUUUAUUCAUCAAUGAAUAUAAUACCAUUGAGGAUAGUAGAGAUGGUUUAUCAACCCCAGCAAAGUACAUCCAAAAGCUUAGAGAGAUCCAAAAGUAUGCUGGGAAUUCAAGAAUACCAAUUGGACUUGGGCUUGAGUCCCAUUUCCCUAAUUUUCCUCCUAAUCUGCCUUAUAUGAGAGCUUCCAUUGAUACCCUUGCCGCUACUGGUUUGCCAAUUUGGAUUACAGAAUUAGAUGUUGCAAGCCAGCCUAAGCAGGCAGAGUACUUCGAGCAGGUUCUUAGAGAAGCACACUCCCACCCACAGGUUCAGGGCAUUGUAAUGUGGACAGCAUGGUCACCACAAGGUUGCUAUAGGAUUUGCUUAGUAGAUAACAAUUUCAAGAACUUGCCUGCAGGGGAUGUUGUGGACAAGCUUCUUAAUGAAUGGGGGUUGAAAAAAUUAUCAGCCACCACAGACGAAGAUGGGUUCCUUGAGGGCUCCCUUUUUCAUGGAGACUACAAAAUCGAAAUCACUCACCCUGUCAAGAAUAAUUACACUCUCUCUUGGCAUGUGCAAGUGAUUCCAACGGAUGAUUCUGACAAAACAACACAAUUUAUACAACUUUCUAUAUAGUUAUUGUUUC